AUGCCUCCUAACACGCCUUCUUCGUUCGCGCCGGGUCUGUUGGGAACUGGCAGUGAGUCAUCAAAAAGAGAUGUGCCGAAGAUGAGCCCAGAGCCGUGGCAAUCGGUUGGCCGUAUGGCAAAGUUCAUGAAGGUGAAGGCAAAAUAUGCAAGAGAGAAGAUGAGAGGGAUAGCGAGGAAGAUCACCGAGGACAUAGUGCAUACGGCCACGGCCGGCAAGGAGGGUCAGUCGUUUGAAGCUCAGCUGUUUGAGAGAGAAAAGAGAAUAGCGCAGGUGAAAUAUCGGCUAGAAGUGACGGCGGCACGUCUGCAUGUGGCAUCAGUGGGUAAGGAUAAAGAAGAUGAACCAUGGGAUGAAGGGGCAGAGAUGAAGAAGUUCUUUAGGGACAAUGAGAUCGCUGGUGCGCUUCGAAACCGCAACAUCAAGGACUUACGGAAAAGUGAUCGUGCAACUUGUGCUUGUUCAUCUGAGUCACAGGGCUACGAGACGUCAACCGAAGGCCGGCUUGGCUCUGCCUUGCUCAGGUUCCCAUGGCGUGUGGGCAUCCUUGUGGGAGGGUGGAGGAAAUCACUUUCAACGAGUGCACCCCUGUUUAAGGAUCCGCAGACGCCGACAGCCUGCCGGCAACUUCGGAACACCUUCGGAACACCUUCGGGACCCCAACCGCCAGUCCCCAUACCCCCAAUGGCAUUUCUUGGGCACAUCUGGCUGGCUUGA